AUGUCUUCCGUCUGGUCAGACAAUGCGUCCACCCUAGCAGGCCCCUCAUGGGGCGCCAUGCAGAGACAAGUUACCAACAUGUACGAAGUCAUAAAGGAACAGAGAGGCAACAAAGAGCUCGCCAUCAUUGCUGUCGUACCAGAAGAAUACUCAUAUGAACUCGAGCUUAAAUGCGAAAGGCGCCCAUGGGAGAUCUGGAAAGGGAGGUCCCUGGUCCUAGUCACCACCAGCGACUGGUUGCAGGAGACCAUCGAGGAGGUACACGAUCUUCAAAAGCACAGCAGCAUGAUCAUCCUGGCUAGUACCGAUGUCUCUACGAUUAGUUUCAGCGUAGGGUCUCGGAUCAACACCCUCACAAUCCUCCGUUGCCGUCGCGGGGGCACCCGAGGUGGCCAGCUCCUCAUCACUCGUUCUUCCGAAUUCCAUGGUGCCCGCAUCGAUCAAUGGCAAAAUCGACACCGAAGGGGCCGACGUCUGCUUAUUGGGAAGGGCAUUGGAAUAUGGAUCGACUCCGCCGAUAAUGACCGUUGGUCGACCUCUAAUCUCUCGGCCAAGGAUCGAGAGAAGGUGAGACGCAAACUGGACCGGAUGCGUAACACUGAAAUGGAGGGUAGCUGGUGGGAGAAAUGGAGGGGAUACGUUGCUGGUAUCCUUGGGGUUGUUGUCACUGGGUCCAAGCUUACUGCAGGUUUGAAGGCAUCUGCCAGUGGAAUGUUUGUCAAUUUCCAAGUCGCCGGGCUGGGAGCCUUUCAAUUUGGCAAGGCGAAGGCUGCGAUGACUAUGCUGGGGACAGCAGCUGGGCCUGCUGUCCUGCUUGGUGUUGGCGUCGCCGCUGCCGUGUACUUCAUCCCGUGGGAAAGUGUUCUGACCUCGCUCAAGGGCAUCCUCUGGUCCAUUUGGGAUUGGUUCACGUCGCUCUGGGACAAGUUCACCAACUGGGUUAAGUCAACCGUGGGAGGGCGAGCCUCCCGGAAUGGCGUCCCCAUGGCCCGCUAA